UACUGGGCGCCUGUCCUUUGCAUAGAAAGCCUUUUUAUUUCCUCGUCGCCGCUUCUGACCUCCAUGUUUCGAUUGCUUCGGGCACUUAAAGCCUCCGCGUCGUGCUCAGAAACGUUUCCUCGUGGUGACGUCGUCUGUAAAAAGCGUUUUAACGGAAAGUGAGGAUGUUAGCAGUUAGCUGUGAAGCUAACUAGUUAGCUGUUAAAGCUCUUGUGACUAAACGACGAGCAGCUGCCCACCCCCACCCCCCCUCUCAAACCGAAACUAUCUCCUAACGUUGUUUAAAUUAAUAGGUGAACUGAACGAGGCGUUAUUUCUCCAUAAAACGAAUGUUUUAUAGCUUUUACUUCACUGGGAAUGACGGAAAGACUUUGAAACAGUUUGUGUGGCGAGGAUUUUCGCUCUCGGAAAUGGUCGCGAGCGCUACUGACGUCAUCGUCGAGAACAUUAUGUGAAGGAAGUCUCUGUGUGUGUUGCGUAAACUCAAAUGUACAAGGUACACACACCUUUAAGAGGCAAUACUAUUGUGUUUGCAUGUAUCGCGUACAGUAGUGGAUUGAUUUGGGAUGUUACUGUGUCUAUAAAUGCUCACUUAAGGGAAGUGCCCCCGUUUUGUACUCAAUCGGCGAUAGUUGUGUUUAUUUAUCUAGUAAAUAUGUUUAAAGCAGGAGCACUUUAGCAGAUUAACCAACACAAAUGAUGAAGCAAAGUGCCACACAAAUAGAUGGUUUACAAAAUGUAUUGGCAGCCAGGGUGAAGUCUUCCUGAACAAACCUCCCAAAAAUGGCCCUUCUCUGAUGUUUGUUUACCCUUUUUAAGUGUUCAGUUUUUAUAUAAUUUCCAACAUUUUAGAGGGGACGGAUUACCACAAUGACGGUCACGUACAACCUCUGCGCCCUCCUAGUUUUCACCAUAACAGCAUGGAGCCGCUUUGAGCCUGCCCUCUGCUCUGCUCGCUGCGGGCAUUCCUUUCAAGUCUUGGACAGCAAAGUGGGCGAGAUCAAGAGUUCUGCUUACCGCAGCUGGUCCUACCGCUUCGGCUCUAGCUAUGACUGCUGGGUCAUCAAGGGUUCCGAAGAAGAACACAUCGUUCUCAGCUUUUCCCAGUUUUUAGCACAGUGUAGUAGGAAGGAAUGGGUGUCUAUACAGUCUUCAGCUGGCAGUGAGCCGGUUGUCCUCUGUGGCUCCAAGUUGCCGCAACCAAUGGAGUUCUCAGGGGGAAAUAUUACCGUGAUGCACCACUUCCUCCCGCACCAGUUCCCUGUGUCGUCUUUCCUGUUGAACUACGCCAGAGACUCUGGUGAAUGCCCAGCAACAUCCUUCAAGUGCCGGGAGGGGCGCUGCCUUCCUUUCUCUUGGCGCUGUAAUGGCCAGGUGGAGUGUCUCGGGGAAGGCUCCGAUGAACAGGGCUGUGAGGCAGAAGUGGAGACCCCUGCACCCCCAAAGUAUGGCAUCACACCGGCAGAAGAAGAAGCCAAGGCACAGACGUCCUCGGAGAAGAACCUUGAUGGGGACUCUGAGAGACCUUACGGGACAGAUUCUGAAUCUGAUCUGUGGGCGCUGCUGAAGGAGAGGGAUGAGGAGGAGGAGGAGGUGCAGGUGAAUCGAGAGCAGGCUCACAGGCAGCUCGUUGUGACGGCCACUCCCAUUGAGUGGCCCUGCGGAGGCCUCCUCCAGACCUUCUAUGGUACCUUCUCCCCUCCAACCAUCCGGGGCCCCGCGCUGUUCUGUGUCUGGACCGUGGACCCUCAGGACUCAAGGCCACUGAGACUGGACCUGCAGCAGCUGGUGCUGGGACCCGGGGAUAGACUCACCGUGUACAACAAAGAGCAAGGCAAAGGAGACGUCAUCAAAAUGAUCACCAGCUCGUCCAAUUACAAAUCGAUCCAAGUUGAAUCCCACACCGGCCUCCUCUCGAUGAAGUACGAGACUCUUCCUGGCUCGGAGGGAAGCGGCUUCAACGCCACGUUCCACGUCGGGACCUACUGCCCCCCUUGGGAGGGCCGUUGUGGGGGAGCGGCGGGUGGAUGCUUCACCCAGGAGCAACGCUGCGACGGGAAAUGGGACUGUUCCGAGACGGGAAAGGACGAGGAGGGUUGCAGGGGAUGCGGUUUGAACCAAUUUACCUGCGGAGUGGCAGGGCAGAGAGCGGUGCCUUCCAGCCACUUUGCCGGUAGACCGGUGUGCUACUCGGUCACGGAGCGGUGCAACUACCAGCUGUACUGCGCUGAUGGUAGCGACGAGCGGGACUGCACCGUGUGUCAGCCGGGGACCUUUCACUGCGACAGCGACAGGUGCGUGUUCGAGAGCUGGCGCUGCGACGGCCAGGUGGACUGCAAGGACGGGACGGACGAGCUCAACUGCACCGUCAUCUUGCCCCGCAAGGUCAUCACCGCGGCAACCGUGGGCAGCCUCGUCUGUGGGCUUCUGCUGGUUAUCGCCAUGGGCUGCACCUGUAAACUGUACUCGCUCAGGACCAGGGAGUACAGCUUGUUUGCACCAAUCAGCCGCCAGGAAGCGGAGCUGAUCCAGCAGCAGGCUCCUCCCUCUUACGGUCAGCUGAUUGCGCAGGGCAUCAUCCCGCCAGUGGAGGACUUCCCCACAGAAAACCCCAAUGAGACUUCGUCUCUUUCUCUGAGGGGAAUUCUCCAGCUCCUCCGUCAGGACGCCGCCAACUCCCCACACCGCAGACGCAGGCCCCGAUUCAUCCGCCGGGCUGUUCGCCGCAUGAGGAGGUGGGGCCUGAUCCCCAGACCUCCGUCCAGGCCGAGUCAGGCGGCGAGCUCCGGCCAGCAGCAGUCGGACGCCGCUCUGUCCGGGCAGGAGCCGGCUCACUCCGCUCCCACCGGCUCCUCGUCGGCCGUGGAGGCGGUCAACCAGCCGGUGCCUCAGAAACUCGGCUUGUUGGCUCAGUCGGAGCAGCAGCAGCAUGAAGCGCCACUGCCGCCUGCCGCUUCCCCUCCUCCACCUCCGUACGCUCCGCCAGCUCCAAGCCCGGUUACCCCUCACACUCCUCCCGUCGCUGUCCCCCCGAGCAGCCCCUCCCUGGCCUCCAUCUUCCACACGCUGGGCCUGAGCAUCUCCCUCUUCAGGGCAUCGCCCUCUCCCUCCUUCACCAACUCCAUGCCCCUCUCGGCCUCCCCGUCUUUCUCCUCGUCCUCUUCAGACGACGAGGUGCUGCUUAUCCCGCUGUCUGAAGACACCACGUCAGAGGACGACGUGCCCAUGCUCACCUGAAUGACUUCCUCACCCACCCAGUAACCCCCUUUUUUUUUUUUUUUCCUCUCCUUCACACACUGAUAAAAACUGAAACUCAGUCUUUCCACGUUUGUUUGAACUUGAAGCACAGGAGUGGCCCACGGCGAGACUCACCUGCACUGUGCAAGUCUGGUGCCUUUGGGAAAUGGCUUUUGAGUUGGAUUUGUUGACUUAUGGAAUCAAGUAUUUUACCUUUUUUUUUUUUUUUUUUUUUUUUUAAAAGACCUCCUUGAAAUCAGUUUUAGCCCUAAAAGCAUGACUGACGUAUGUAGGCGAGUAUUGGAUGUGCACUCACUUAAUGCUAGUCUGCACAUUGAAGGUAAACUUUUUGCACAGAUGAAUCUUCCCUAUCCAGAAACUGAGGCAGGCUACUGGCAGAUUGAAUGAUUUGAGUUUUUAGAGAACGUGAUGGAAAGUAUUGCGUUUGUGUGACUGCGACCGUGUGAAUGCAUUUUUGCGUUUUAGUCUUACGUUGACAGUGGAGUAUGUUCGUAGACGUGGAUUGUCUCCACGUACUUCUGCCACUUGCAUCCAGUCUCGUGUUUAAUCACAGCUAAUCCCAAUCAAGAUGAUAAAAUCUCCCCUAUUUAAGUGCCUUUUUUGAGGAGUUUCCCGUCGACGGUUCCUGAGAUGCACACCGCAAACCAAAACACACGCAGGAGGCACACGUUUUUCUCUCAUCGCAGCACGCGUCGACACACACACACACACCAGUGGCUUUUAUUAUAACAUGAGCGGAAAUGCAUGUACUCUGCAAGCUGGCAAUAACCUUUUUGGGACCCGUGUUUUAGUGCACACUGAUUGCAACGCAUUGUGUUCUGAGUACACACACACAUACACACUUCUCCAGUGAAUGUAUGUAAUCUACAAAAGCAAACGUGUCAAAAGACAAUCUCGUGUGUGUGUGUGUGUGUGUGUGUGUGUGUGUGUGUGUGUCCGUCCCUCAUGUCGAAAGGGGCCCUGAACUCACUAAAUAACUUGACUCUUCAGCCCUCGAGGGGAAUUUAUUGCAUUCUGUCACAUUUUCACACAACAGACUUGUGGCGUGCCAUUUGUAUUGUACAUUUUAUGGUGUGUUUUUUUGUUUGUUUUUUCAGCAAGUUACUUUUUUUUUUUUUUUUUCUUAAGCCGUUUUGCUUUUGUUGAAUGUAUUUGGGUCAAUCUCGGAAGUUUUAAAUACGCAAUUUAAUGAGGUUAAAUAAGAGAGAAAGUGAUUUUAUGGUUUAUUAGGGUCAACUUCACUGUAUAUAAGUAACAAAUGUGGCUGAGAUUAAACAAUUUGCACUUUUA